AUGUAUGAUUUAACAGAAUAUGAAGGCUUAACGAUGUCAGAUGUAAAGAAAGGAAAGCCAAAAAAGAGACCAUAUAGAGAUGAAAGCACACUGACAAAUGACCAGAAAGCCAUUUUGGAAGCUCUUAAGCAAACAGGAAACCCAGCACUUAUAGAAAGCUUUUGGAAAGAUAAUGGUGAAAAGAAGUUUUAUAAGAAGAGAAGCGGUCAGUUCUGGAAGUAUCUUUGCACAUUACCUAUAAAUCUUGAGCGCUACCAAAUCUUCAAUGAACUUAACAAAAGAACUGCAGCACUUAUGACAGAAGACAAUUGUUUCGUUUAUGCUUGCAUUCAGGCUGGAGUAGAUGGAGAGACUAUUGACCACAUGAGAGAAGUCAUUCGUGUUAGAGACUUUCCUCAAAGUAAAGUACAAGAAAUUUCUGAUGCAACAGGUAUAGCAUUUAAUGUUACCAUUGGUUACUUCAAUGACUCAAGACAUAAUGAAAUAAAGAGAUAUAUACCAAAAGAAUGUGAAACUGUUCGAACUAUUGACUUACUUCUUGUUGAAGACCACUACAUGCUAAAUGAAAGAUUACCAAUGACAACAUAUUUCAUUCGCAACUAUAUAGAAAUCUUGAAGGAGUGUGGUGGAAUGAACAUUGAGAAACAGAUGAAGAUUUAUACAAAGAGAGAGAACAAAUAUAUUGUUCGUUAUGAUAGAACAACACCGUUAUGGGAUGUUAUGAAAACAUUGUGGGAGUGCAAAUAUUUCGAACCUAUUUCUUAUGGAGAACUUUUCACAUAUACGACUGACUUAUAUAAACAGAACCUUGCACCAUUUAAAGAUUUGACAUAUGCUCCAAAGUAUUGUGUACAACUGAAGAAGAAAGCCGAGUCAAAAGAAGUAAAUAAAGCUAAAUGUAAGUUCAUUCCUGAGCACGUUUUCUUUGCUGACUUUGAGUGCAGUACCGAUGGCUUUCAUAAAGCUUUUAACAUUUGUUAUGACGGUGAAGAUGGUUCAGUGAGUGAAAGCAUUUGGGGUCAGAACUGUGCAACAGAAUUUUUGGAACGACUUCCUGACAAGA